GAACGGUUCACUUCGUUAUAUACUUGCCGCGGAAAUGCAUAAAGACAAGUAAAUCCGGUUGAGGUGAAAGUAAUUAUCGUUAAUUGUGUUAUGCUAAAUCCAAUAAUUGCAAUGCUUGAUAUCAAAUUUACCUAGUUAUGCUUAAUUUAGUGUAGAUUACGCGUACAACUCAAUUACAAAUGUCUUCGAGUCUUUCGGAAUUUCGAGUAUAAAAUACCUCUAUGGCAUUGAUUUGCGUAACGAUAGCGAAAAAAUUAAUUUUUUGUAAUCUAAAAAGACCUUUCUCCAUUGGCUUUCGAAGGCUGUGUUCCAAAUGGGUAGCGCCGCUUCCGCCUAUACAGACCAUAGAACUAUAAACAUCAGCCCUAACAAUGAUCCAUUGGACACGAUUUUCCCGAACAAUCGUAUCGUCUCGAAGAAAUACACGAUCUGGAACUUUGUGCCAAAGAAUCUCUUCGAGCAGUUCAGGCGAAUCGCGAACAUGUACUUUCUCAUAUCGGCGAUGAUAGCUGCUGUGAUAGUGUCCCCGAUUUCACCUUGGACCAGCGCUUUACCCUUGUGCUUUGUCAUAUUCGUGACCGCUGUUAAACAAGGCUACGAGGACUAUCUUCGACACGUGGUUGACAAACGAUUGAAUCGGGCGACCGCUACCGUAAUUCGCAAUAGAUGCGUGCAGAGCAUCCAGCGUCAGCAUAUAGUAGUCGGCGACCUGGUGAAGGUGUCUCGAGAGAAGGACAUACCUUGCGACCUCCUGUUGCUCUUCACCUCGGAGGACACUGGUCGCUGUUACGUCACCACGUCCAACCUUGAUGGCGAAACUAAUCUAAAGACGUUGAUGGUCCCGAAAGUGGUCUCCAACAUGUCAGCAUCGGAAGUAGUGUCCAUGGAGGCCACUCUCACCUGUCAACAUCCCUCGUCCGACCUCUACAGCUUUCAUGGCAAGCUGGAAGUUAAUAAUACUAACGGCGAGCCAACCAGCGGACAUCUGACGAUCGAGAACUUGUUACUGCGUGGGUCCAGAUUCAAAGACACCGACCAUAUCAUCGGAUGCGCUGUUUACACAGGCCUGGACACGAAAUUGUCCCUCAACUCGAAGAUUAGAAGCAACAAAUUCGCCACUGCCGAGAAGACCAUUAACAAAUACAUCGUCGUGUACAUGAUACUGCUGCUAAUCGAAGUGAUGGAGUCUUGCGCAUUGAAAGUCAUAAUGGGCUCAACGGCGAAGUGGAACACGUACAUCGGUACCGAUGACACUGUUACCAUUUCCACGCUGGUCAACGAUUUUUUCGGCUUCACGGUCCUGUACAAUUAUAUCGUCCCCAUAUCGUUGUACGUUACCAUAGAAUUACAAAAAUUCGUCAGUUCGUUUUUCUUCAGCUGGGACAUCGACAUGUACGACGAAAGCACCGAUCAGCCGGCGUUGGCCAACACGUCGGACUUGAACGAAGAGCUUGGCCAGGUCGAGUACCUGUUCGCAGACAAGACUGGCACGCUCACCGAGAACAUGAUGGUGUUCAAACGUUGCUCGAUCGAUGGGAAAACGUACAUGGAGAAGGACUGCGACGGAACUCUGUACCAGUUGCCUUCUAGCGGGAACGAGGACGAAGCAGAGAAGCUGACGACGUGGGAGCCAAACGUAUGGCACUUCAUGAUAAGCAUCUCUCUGUGUCACACGGUUCAAAUCACACCUCCGAGUCAGAAGCCGGCAGUGGUCGCUAGGCGCAUAGAGUUCCGCGAGAGCUUCAGGCAAAAGAAAAACUUGCACGUGAACAGUUCCCUGUUGAUGGAUCCGGAUCUACCGGAGUACCAGGCGACAUCAGCAGAUGAAAAGGCUUUGGUCGAAGCCAGCGCCAGGUGCGGGGUGAUUUUCCAGAACUUCACCAGCGACACGAUAGAGCUCAAAGUCAAAGGCGCCCCGAUGACCUUCGAGAAGCUUGAGAUCUUGGAAUUCACUUCCGAACGUAAGAGGAUGUCGAUAAUAGUGAAGGACACCGCUGGCGAUUACUGGUUGUACUGCAAAGGGGCGGAUUCAGCUAUGUUUCCGCUGAUAGUAUCAGGGAAGAUCAAUGAAACCAUCGCUCACGUAGCAGAUUUCUCGAGAAGAGGCUUCCGAACUCUGGUCGUCGCGUACAAGAAGAUGAAUCAGUCGCAGUUCGAGCAGCUGAGACAAAAAGUCGAAGACGCCAGACAGAUAAUCGGUAUAGAGCGAGCAGCGUACAUGAAGAAAGCUUACAGUCAAAUGGAAAGCGGUCUGACUUUGCUAGGCGUGACGGCGGUCGAGGAUCGCCUUCAGGAAGGCGUGCAAGAGACGCUCGAAUGUUUGAGAGUUGCUGGUAUCAAGAUAUGGGUACUAACCGGAGACAAGGCGGAAACCGCGGAGAACAUAGCUUUCCACUGUGGACAAUUCAAGGAGGGUACGGAGAUCCUGAGGAUGUUAGAAGUAAACGCGUCCGAAUUUUGUCUCCAACGUCUUACGGAGUACGAACGAAGAAUAAGGCUCGAGCCUUACAAACACUACGGUCUGCUGAUCGACGGUAGCAGCAUAUCUGUCGCCAUGAAGACGUGUCCUGAAGAUUUUGGAACAGUAGCACUCGCUUGUGAGGCGGUUGUUUGUUGCAGGCUGACGCCACUGCAAAAAAGCGAGAUUGUGAAUUUGGUGAAAAGGGCAUCAACUCGACCACUGACUGCUGCCAUCGGCGACGGUGGCAACGACGUCGCGAUGAUACAGGAAGCGCACGUUGGAAUUGGUAUAAUGGGCAAGGAAGGCCGCCAGGCGACCAUGAGCUCCGAUUUCGCCAUAGCGAAAUUUAAAUUUUUAAAGAAAGCGUUGCUGGUUCACGGGCAUUGGUUCUACGUGCGAAUCAGCACUCUGACGCUGUAUUUCUUUUACAAGAACAUUCUGUUUAUAACGCCACAGUUACUGUUUGGCUUGCACAACGGUUUCUCUGGACAAGCAUUUUACGACGGUAUGUUUCUAAUGUUUUACAAUGUAUUAUUUACGUCUCUACCGAUACUGGCGUUCGGAUUGCUGGAGCAGGAUUACACCGCCGAUAAGCUGCUGCGUUAUCCUUAUUUUUAUAAAAUGUACAAAAGGAAUUAUUUAUUAUCGGAAAUGCAGUUCUUCAUGUGGACAGUUCUGGGUUUCUGGCACACCUUUGUCAUAUAUUUUAUGACGUAUUAUUUUAUACAGAUCAAUCCCGUUACUUUGUACAAUAACACACCGAUAGACCAGUGGACAUUCAGUACAUCUGUUGUUCAUUCAGUUACGUUAGUAGCCAAUGUACAAAUCUUACUUUGCAGUUCCUAUUGGACGUUACCGUUUGUGUUAGCAGUAGCAUUAUCAGAAUUAGGGUUCAUGCUAUUCGCUAUUGGAUAUUCAUUCGUGCCCAAAAAGUACGAUGGAGACAUGCUGGGUGUCUACCCGAUGCUCUUAUCGUCGAUAACGUUCUGGUUGUUGAACGUAGUCAUUAUUAUUCUUUGUCUGAUUCCGGACUGCUUAAUUCACACGUACAACAGUUAUAGGCCUGCACGUAUAGUAAGGCGAAACGAGGAACAGCCGCAGUAUACAAACGGCAAUGUUAACAACACCAGAACGAGCCUGUCAUUGGAAACUACGAGUCCGCAGACAUUUCGUACAGUGCCAGGUUCGAUCAGCUUCAACCUGGAGAAGGCUAUAUGAAGUAGAUAGAACGACGUUGGAUCGACUUCGUUUCAUCGUUAUCAAGUGUGAUACAUUUCAUAAAAAUGAGGCUUCUGUCAUGUUAUUUCCGACGUUUUAUAAUAGCGGCAUUGUUCGUCACACUGCUGUUUUGCAUUGUCCAAGUCUUUCGAACGGAACUGGGCUUCACUGACAAUGAUC